AUGCUGGCGAGAGUGAUCAUAGUUGUGUCGGCCGCCUACCACGAUGUAACACAAGACUACAUCAAUCGGCUGCGAAAGAAAUCAUGCGGUCAUCGGCGUCAAAAUUCCGAAUUCGAUCGUAAACGAGUACAAACAGUGCGGCUAACAAUGACCAUCAUUGCCACUAAUUUCUUCCUAUGGAUGCCAUUCUGCCUAGUCAAUAUGAUACAAGCAUUCAAACCUGGAGCACUGAGUCCAACCCUGAGCAUCUACGUGAUGAUCCUUGGCAAUUUGAAUUCAUGUGUAAACCCUUGGCUUUAUAUUCUAUUCAAUCGUUCUCAGGCUGUCAAAGCCUUAUGUGGACGACGAGCAAUGGGUUACUCCACACAUCGAAGCGAGACCGACAUGCUAUCAUCAAGCCGGCGAUCAGAAUUCAAAUUCUCCGUAGGCAACUCGUUGGCACCUCUAACACCGGAGGAAAUAAAGGUGCACCGUAAUGUAUCGUUCCAAGAGCCAACAAAUCGUGCGCCAAGAGAACCCUCAUGCCGGUCAGAAUUGCCACAACGCAAACGCACUCCAUCGUCACUCUACGCCAAACGUUCCACAGCUUACAUUAACGAGAAUUCGCCGACGUCAAAUGGCUACCAUAUCGUACUAUCAAACGACUCACCACCUUCAUCAUCAUCCCCUCAACUGGUUGAUAGCCCUCAAGAACUAUCAUCGUUUUUCAACGCCUAA